CUCCCCUCCCUCACCCUCUCUAUCUCCCUCCCUCCUUCCCUCCCUCGCUCUCUCCCGCCCACGCCACCUGCCCUUGAGUCUUAGCCGCCGUUAGAAUAGCAGAGCAGCUGGAAUCCUCUGCUUCUUCACAGACUACGGCCACUGCCCUCUCCCUCUGUACUCUCUAUUUAUCUUCCAGCCUGUUACAUCCUCUUCCUCUCCACAUGCCCGCAGGGCUUUAUUUGCAUCUGCCGGACUGACCCGUAAUGGAAUGGGAGGUGCCGGUGCCGGUGCCAGCUCUGUGUGGCACAUGAACGUGCUUGGCUGUGCUGUGAGACGGGCUGUCCCGGGACAGGGAUGCUGAACGGGGGGCGUGAGGGCCUGUUCGAGCUGGGCAGGCAGCUCCAGCAGGAAGGCGACUCGCAAGCCGCCCUGCACUGCUUCCUUAGCUGUCUGCUUGGCCUGACCCAUGUCCAGAGCUUCCACUCGCUGCCCAACUGCCUGCAUCAGAUUGCGGAACUCUUCAUUGAUGAGAAGAAUUAUGAGAAGGCGCUGAAGUUCAUUCAGGCAGAGAAGAUGUUCUAUGAAGUGGCAUUGAUCGAGCUCACCGCUCUGCAGGGGAGCACAGGCUCUCAGGAGGACGGUUCCCUUGGCUCUGCGGGAUGGCUCUCUCAGGAGGAGUUAUCAGAGCAGGCCGAGCAGGCCCAGGAUCUUGAAAGAUUGGCUCAGCUUUGCAUCAUGAGCAAAAGGCCCCAUCUUGCUUUAGAGUACAGCGGCAAGGCCACUAAAAUACAUCAGCGGGCGUUUGGUAAUGAUCACCCUAUCACAGCCAGAAGUCUGGAGCUACUGGCCACUGUCUACGCUGAGAUCGGCAAGACAGAGUACUCAGACUCAUUGGGUCAGUGUGUGUCAGCUCUGUCAAAGAGGUUCUCUGCUGCCGAGUCGUACAGCAAUACACUCAAUGGCUUCUCUCACAGCCAUAAGGACAGACAUACUGAGCUCCGGCACAGGAAAGAAUCCCACCCACCACCAGACACUCAAAAACCAAAGGUCAUCAACGGCAAGAUUCCUACUUCCAUCCUGAAGAGGACCAGUGUGGGCGGCAGUGAGUCAGACCCGAGCCACCGGCGGAAAACAGAGAGACGGGUUCGCUUCAGAGAGCCAGAGAUCAUCGUACAUGACAUUCCAUACUAUGACUGUUUAGGAGCGUAUGACUCCUCUCAGAGUCGGCCCUACCUGGCCCUGCUAACCUGCCUGUUCCUGCUGCUUUCCGCACUGGGCUUGGCCCUGUACUGCACUGACCGCCGACGGCCUCAUCGAGCCUGUGAAGACCUGCAGGCAGUGCUGGCUGUCUACCUGCUGCAGCUCAAGCAAAUCCUGUGGGGCUGCUGGAUCUGGCUCACCAUGCAGUGACCAUGCCUGGCCACAGAAGGCAACAGCGUUCUCUACCCAUACUCUUUGGAAGGAAUGCCAGUAGGUGGAGAAGAUGUGACUCAUGAGCCGCAAGUUAUGGAGACAUGGGAGAACCUGAAGCCGUCUGUGCUUUGUGGUGAAUAGGGAAGCACUUGGGGAGGGAAAGGUUCAGUUUAUGUGGCUUCAAAUAACACAGCCAGGAGGAAUGUUGGGAAAAGACGUUCUUCAUCUACCUUUAUGGUCCACUAUAGGUGAUCUAAGACCAUGAACUUCUGCACGCCAUCUACACAUGGUGUUCUUAAGCCCUUUAUGAUGGCUCAGUUGAUGCCAUAUCAUCGUUUUUACUAAGAGGCAUAUAAAUCUCCAAUCUCUGUAACUAUCCAUCUGUUCUUGUAGCAGUUGUGGUCCGAUGCGCAUUUCAUGUUUCUAAUGUUGUUUGUUACCCCAAUCCAAAGAAUAUUUGCCUGGGAAUACUCAAUCACAAUAUCUGUGCAGUAUGUACAAAGUAUUCUUUGGAUUCAAAUCAAUACAUUAUGUUGAAUUUCACACCCACCUUAUGCAUCUCCCUACAUAUCUCAGUUAUUCAGUCACCUGUGCUAGUUUUUCAUUUACUAUACAGUCUGUGAUUGUCUAUGUGCAAUGCAAAAUUAUAUUAUUUAUUUUACUGUUAAUCGAAUAUGCUUUGAAUACUGAAAUAUGCUUUGAAUACUGCAUAAUUUCACUUGUAAAUAGGAAAUACUAAUCACCUAAGUAAGCCAUGUUAAUGUGCAUAAUAUAUUUGAAUGUACCUGCAAUCAUGAAUACGAAACGGAAUGGCACAAUAGCUAUAUCUGUAUACUUACACUCAUUAUUUCAAACAGACCUGUGAUGCAAAGUCAAGCACAAAUAUUUCCAUCUUUUGAAAUUCAUUUCAUAAUGAAGAUGGCCAUAUUUUAUUUUAUGCAAUGCCAGACUUAAUCUAUAUGGGAAAAGGGCAAAGCCAUUUUUAGUUUAGGAAAAACCAGAUAAAAAGGAUGAUUAUUUCUAUAUUCAUGUCAGUUGAGUUCAUUUUUACAAGAACCAGCUGUACCAACUUAACUAUGAUAUGUUUAUUUAUUUCACUAUUUUUAUAUGUUUUUCUAGCUAUCCAUUUUCUAUAGUUAAUAUAAUUUAGAUUUUUUUUACUGCUCUUAAAUUCAGUAUUUAAUCUUUGGUCUAUAUUUAUCAACAUUAGCGGUGAGCAGUUUUUCAAUCAAGACCUUUGUUUUAUGUCAUUUUGGAGAGGACAGAUUUUUCAACCAUUUCAAGCCAAGGACAUUUUCUUGACACACAGUUGCACAUUAAUUAGGUGUUCAGUACCAGCAAAAGUAAAAGUAACAAAAAAAAUCCCUUUCUGUGGAUGUCAAUCCUUUAAUAUUACUCUUUUGAGCACACAGGUGAACUGAACUAUAAAUUAAAUAUAAAUUGGCAUCAGUGGUUUACUGACAUGAGAAAAUAAAAAUGACUGCGAACUGUUAAACACUCCUCAAGGCAGAGUGUUGGUUGGUUUAGAAAUAAAAAGCCAAUAAGCCAACAGCUCUGGUCAGAAAUGCUCUCUGUUUUGGAAGGCAUGAAGCACUUUAAUUUGUAUAAUCUAUUUAAAUGAGGAAAUCCAUAUUUUACACAAACAUGACUGGUUAAGUUUUGCCAGUGUUGGCAAUGCCAUCUGUAUCCAGAAGUAUAAGAGAGCCUCGCUCUCUCUGGGUGAGAAGGAUGGGCCUCCUACUCCCAUCACUCAGCACAAUGCAAGCCAAAGUGGAUGUCUGUUAGCCAACACGACAGAAUCAUCCAUUAGUGUUCUCCUUCAAGCAUAUUGUGCUGUCCAAUGACAUUGUGUUACCCUAGCAAGAUGUGGUUGUUGGUUUCACAUGUCUCUAAGGGCGCAUGUGCUAGCCUUCACCCUAGCUCUGUAGCAUUAUGUUGGCUUAGCCUAGCAAUUUGCCCACAAUUGAAUUGCUGAGAUAAAUGGGUUAAAAAUUAUAUGUAAAAUGAAAACUCCAACCAAACAUUGUUAAUCAUAAACAAAACUUGGUGCCAACAUGCUAAUUAGACCCCGUUACCUUUGAUUAAUUGUCAGACCAAUUAGCAUUUUUGAUACUGUUAAUGGUCUUGUCUUUAAAUUUAUUCUACAUCUCUGGGCUACAUGAUCUAAGAUAAUACACCAAUAUAUUACACUAUAACACGGAGAGAAACAGAAGCAUUUUCUUAUGGAAUUACCUUCAAAAUAUACCCCAGAAGAAAUGAAUACUGGAAAAUGACUUAGACUCUUCUACUAUUUAAUUAGUUACCGUAUUUAGAUCCUUCACACUGUCUUGUGUGUGUUUUUGGGGCUGCACACACCACACAUUAAAACUCUUAGUUCUAUUUAGACGUGAUGUAAAAAGAGCCACACAAAUGAAUAUUGUCAUAUGCCGCAACUCAAAGCACUGUGAGACAUCUUGGUGGAAAUAUGUGUCUGUUAAGGUCACACAAAAUAUCUGUAUUUGAGAACAACAGCAUUAAUUUACGUAUAUAAUUGUAUAUAACUGUGUAUAAUUUGAGCUAUAUACAACACAAUUGUCCAUUGCAUAGCACAAUGUAAUGCUUACUCUACAAAUUUGAACUGUUUUAAUGGCAAUAUUUAGAUAAAAGGGAAAAUGAACACAAUGGUUUUUACUUGAAUUCCCAAAGCAAUAUGAAAAAGUGAAUUGGCUGUAUACUGGUGGUUACUGGACAUACACAUAUUAAGCAAUAAAGUCUCUUCAGAUACAGCACAUAUUCUCAUUAUAUUCUGGUCUUUGUUUUACUUUGGUUUGUUUUUUCCCCACAUCUCAUUCAAAUACUGUAUGUGGACACUUUCAAUAGAAGUGCCUUUUUAAGGUUCUGUCCUUUCUCUGUCAGUUUAUAUUAUGUUGUAAUGAAUCAUCAAUAAAAGUCAUUAAAGGUCACUGCAAAGAGAAA